AUGGCAGAGGUAGUGGAUGGAGAUCUACAGGUAGUUUUUGUGAGCUUGGCUUCUACCUCCAGGCUGAUGUGCUACUAUAACAGCAAGGCUGAAGGUAGACCAGCUGUGGGGAAGUUCAGAGUUUCAGAUAUUGAUCCAAACAAGUGCACCCAUCUGAUUUUUGCCUUUUCUGACAUACGUAAAAAUGAGCUGGUUCCCACAGCUGUAAAUGAUGUUCAGCAGUACAUUGAAUUUAACGCACUCAAACAAAGAAAUCCACUUCUGAAAACCCUGCUGGCUGUUGGUGGAGAGAAGUUUGGGACAGAAAAAUUCAGGACAAUGGCGGGAUCACAAGAGAACAGAGAAGUGUUCAUCAAGUCAGUCAUCAAACUACUCAGAGCAAUAAAUUUUGAUGGGCUAAACCUUGACUGGAGGUACCCAGCUGAAGAGGACAAGCAGAUAUUCACAAAGCUUUGCAAGGAGCUGGAAACAGCCUUUGUGGAUGAAGGAACUUCAAAUAACCAGGAAAGAUUAAUCCUUGCAACAUCUGUCUCUGCUGAGAAGUCAACCAUCGAUGCUGGCUAUGACGUGAAACAUAUUGCCAUGCACCUGGAUUUCAUCAACGUGUUGACAUUUGACUUCCACGGCCCCUGGGAAAGUGUCACAGCACAUCACAGCCCCUUAUUCCAGGGAUCCCAAGACACUGGAGAUGCUAUCUACUCUAACACUGCCUUUGCCUUAGAGUACUGGCGGGACCAGGGAGCACCUGAAGAAAAACUGAACAUGGGGUUUGGAGCUUUUGGACGAGCUUUUUACCUGUCCUCUAGUUCUAGCGCUGUCGGUGCACCAGCCAGUGGUCCUGGUGACGACGGCUGUUUCACCGGUGAAGAAGGAUUCUGGGCCUAUUAUGAGACUUGCCAUUAUCUAGGUGGGGUACAAACCCAUUUUAUUUCUGAUCAGAAAGUUCCAUAUGCCACAACAUACAGUCAGUGGGUUGGAUUUGACGACACAACCAGUAUAAAUACCAAGAUCAAUUACCUCAAAGCAAACAAAUUUGGAGGAGCCUUUGUCUGGUCUCUGGACCUGGAUGAUUUCACUGGACAGUUCUGUAACCAGGGCAAGUGCCCAUUUGUUAGCCAACUGCAUAAUCUGCUAACACAACAACAGCAUCAGGCUCUGGAGGCGUGUGUUCAGAAGGGCCUGGGCUUUACCCCAACCCCAGUGACCCACACUCUUACUACAACUGUGACAAUUUUGGUGUAG